UGGUUACGCAAGGUACGCAAACGUCGUGAAUCCCGCCUGUGGCGUCGUUGCGCCAUCGCUGCUUCUGCCGUGUUGUUGUUUUCGGAUCCGACAGCCGCAGUAACAGAAGCGACGCCCACGGUUCGGAGGCAGAGAAACACACCCAGACGCGGGUUCCACGGACCUCUCGCACCCUCGAAAAUGAAGUUUCUGUACAAAGAAGAGCAUCCGUUCGAGAAGAGGCGGUCGGAGGGGGAGAAGAUAAGGAAGAAGUACCCGGACAGGGUGCCAGUGAUAGUGGAGAAGGCUCCCAAAGCCAGGAUAGGGGAUCUGGACAAGAAGAAAUACCUUGUCCCUUCUGAUCUCACAGUGGGUCAGUUCUACUUUCUGAUCCGGAAGCGGAUCCACUUGAGGGCUGAGGAUGCACUUUUCUUUUUCGUCAACAACGUCAUUCCUCCCACGUCGGCCACCAUGGGGCUUCUGUAUCAGGAACACCACGAAGAGGACUUUUUCCUGUAUAUUGCUUACAGUGAUGAAAGUGUGUAUGGUGGAAGACCGAGGGAAAUGUAAUCACUCAUCACUGCUGAUCCUCAUCUCUUUCCAACAUCUCAGACCUGCAAAAUAAAAACCUGGUUGAGCUGCUGACAGGCCACUGGAGCAAAAAGUCUAACACAGUCAACACAGUUCUUCUUCACAUCUGUCUGUCUCAGUAGCUUGGUUCAUUUCUCUUCUCUUCACAGCAGUCUCUUUCUCUAAGCUCUCCAUCUCCCCCCACAACAUUUGCACUCUUCCAGCUGCAGUUUUUAAAGUUGUAAUACAGUUUGGAGUUAAUAUAUUAGCUUGCCCUCUGCUUCUUGAAAAUCUUUUGAUGGCCAAUCAUGUAUCAACAGAGUGAGGUGUCAGUGGUGAAUUUGUGGGUCUCUUUAACUACAGUUAAAGAACCAUGAUCAGCUGUGAUCAACUAUUUUUUUGUACCAAUAUGUGUGUGCAAUUAAGUCUACCUUAGAAUGAAACUGAAUUUAGACAGGCCCUGUUCAUUUUGAAUGAACAAUGUGUACUUAAGUGUACUAGUAGUACAGCUUGAAAACUUUUACAUUGGUGGCAUAUAACUGAAGCACUGAAGAGUUCUCUUUUUCAUGUGUUUUUUCAGCUAUUACUGCUAUUUUGACGUAUCAGUACGUCUAGCUCAUGUUGGGAUUUGGUUGUCUUCUAUUACUUAUGGUCUAAUUUUCUGUUUUUAUUUCACGUUUGAACUUUACAUGCAGCAGUGUUGCUGUAAGCUGUCCACUCACAACCAUUAUAAAACUGGUAACUCAGA